AUGCGAAGUACGCCGCAGAACAUGAAAAUUCAGAAGUCAAAUAGAUACAAAAAUCUUCCAUUGAAGCAAACUAAAUACUUACAGUUACAGAGAUUGUUUUAAGGAAUCUCUGUGUUGUUGUAAUUUAUGUACUAUUUAUAAUGUAUUUGCUAAUAAAUCUGUCUGAAAAUCCGAUGGAAGCAGCAUUUACCGGCGACGCCGUCAGCGGCGGCGGCGGAAGUGAGAUGUCGAAAUCAUUGGCAGUGAUUGCGUGUAUUGCGUUGGCAAUUUUCUAUGUUGCAAUUUUGUAUUCUCCGACGUUGAUUCUCCGUUUACCGCCGCCUGAUUCGUUUCAAUCAUACAUGAUCCGACGGUUCAUAUGCGCCGCCAUUUCCUCUGUUUUCUCGCUCAUUGCUUGCUCUCUUAUCCUCCCUAUUCAGUGGGGUAAAUCUCACCUUUACAGUGUUUAUGGCAUCAGAUUGGAUCAUAUGUGGCAAGCUGUUGUCUUUCCUCUUACAUUGACUUCCUUAAUGUACGCUGGCACCUUGAUCCUCAAGCUGUUAUUGUUGCUAGACUCUGGCCAAGAAGAUCAGGAAAAUGGAAGAAGCUUGUCACUUGACAGUAUUAAAAAUGUUGUUUGUGGAUUUAUUGAAUCGACCUUUUCACUGGCUUCUGAUAUUUCAGCAUGGCGUAAUUAUCUUGUGGCCCCACUUACAGAAGAGCUGGUUUUUAGAGCUUGUAUGAUACCUUUGCUUCUUUGUGGAGGAUUCAGCACCUAUACAGUGGUGUUUCUUUGUCCUAUAUUUUUCAGUUUAGCACAUCUAAAUCAUUUGUUAGAAUAUGCUCAACGAAGCGGCAGCUGGCCCAAAGCUUUUGCGGUUGUAGGCUUCCAGCUCGGCUACACGGUCAUCUUUGGAUCAUAUGCUUCAUUUGUCUUUGUUCGGACAGGACAUCUUACCGCUCCACUAGUUGCUCAUAUUUUUUGCAACUAUUUGGGCAUACCUGUAAUAAUUUCACGGAGGACAGGGAUGGUAACAGUGGCAUCUGUAGCUGGGUUUCUAGGUUUCCUCUGGCUUCUUUUUCCACUCACCAGUCCUCAUUUGUACAAUGCCAGAACAGAUAAUUGCAUGUGCUGGCAUAGACAUUGUAGUUGGAGCUAAUUUUCUGACUUCCCAGAAAAUUCGUCGAGAAUUAAAAAAAAACACGAACAAUAUGGAAAUUUCUAGUCCUUCUCGAUUGUAUUAGUGAAGGGGAGAGUGGCGUUAUAGGUCACAAGUUCAAGGAAUCGGGCACUAACCUUAUGUUAGGGUAAGCAACCUACGCCACACCCCUUUAGGGUGCGGUCCUUCCUUGUACCCUGCGUGAAUGCGAGACGCUUCGUGCAUCGGGCUCCCUUUUCUUUCCAAUUGUAUUUGUAUUUUAUUUUUCCCUUUUUCUUUUAACCCUUAAUUUAGCAAUCAUUGUCACGUCUUCUGAAAAAUCUGAAGGGAACUUUAUCAUGAGUUUACUAUUGAAACAUUUGCUUGAAAUA